AUGUUUCAGAUACGCGUGGAGGCUGCCGACUUGGCCCAGGAAGAGGAGGCCAAGGCUGAAGAGACGCCGCUUGUAAACGCGCAGGAUUUACAAGAUGCAUCCUUCCUCGCCGGCAACCCGCAAGUGCGCGUGACCACGGGCAAGCUGCGUUUCUAUCGGGCGGACAAACCCUACUCGUCGUCUUCAUCCACCCAGCAACUGCCCAAAGAGCGAAGCACAUUGGUAUGCGUGGUUACAGUGCCGUCGCACAUGUCACCCGUAGAGAUUCUCGAGUUCCUGGCUAGUUUCCGGGAGGACAUUGCACUUGUGCGCAUCCUUAAGGACCCAGAACGCAGCAACUGCAUGGUGCUGAUGCAGUUCAAUUCGCAAGAAAGAGCGGAUCAAUUUUUUCAGGCCCAUAACGGCAAGUACUUUAACUCGAUCGAACAGGAACGUUGCAAAAUUGUGUUUGUGAGAAGCAUCGAGUUUGAUCCAGUAAUAGGGGAAAACGAUCCUGAUUAUGAUGCGUUGGAGGAGAAACGUGCAGAUGGAGAAGAUGAUGCUCCGCCGAGCCCGCGUUCAGAGAGAAGAGCUAGCAACGCACAGAUGAGAAAGUUGUUCCCGCCUCCACCUGCAGGCAUGACGGAGAUUCCGACGUGUGCAGUCUGUUUGGAUAGACUGGACGCGUCAGCAUCGGGAAUUUUAACGACUCUAUGCAAUCACUCGUUUCAUUGCGACUGCCUCUUUCGGUGGGAAGGAUCGAGUUGCCCCGUGUGUCGAUAUAGUCACGGAGAUAUUGGCUCAUCGUGUGAAGUGUGUGGCACGGCCGAUCACCUUUGGAUUUGUCUGAUUUGCGGCCAUGUGGGCUGUGGCCGCUACUCGGGCGAACACGCAAAACAGCAUUAUCAAGAGACGUUGCAUACGUAUUCACUGGAGUUGGAGACGCAGCGCGUAUGGGACUAUGCCGGUGACGGAUAUGUGCAUCGUCUGAUUUUGAACAAGCAAGACGGCAAGUUUGUCGAGUUUCCGAGCCCAAAUAAUCUCAGUGGAGAGCGCUCACAAACUCCACCUACAACGUCCGCCGAGGAAGAAGAAGGCGAGCACCGUAAACUUGAGAAACUCGCAGUCGAGUACAACUUUCUCCUGAAGAGUCAAUUAGAGGAGCAACGUCUCUAUUACGAACGCUUGCUUGCACGUGUGGAAGAGGGAGAGAGCCGGCAGUUGCUGAAUGCUCACGAGCAUGAGCGCAAACAUCUAAAGAGAACAAACGCAGCUCUUGCGGAAAAGACCAAGAAGCUGGAGGAUGAGUUAACGUUUGUCAGAGAGCUCAACAAGUCAUUAAUCGAAAAUCAGAAGCAGUGGAAGGAACGAGUGCGGCUGCUAGAAGAGCAAAACGAGCGAGUUGAACAGGAGACAGCGCUGCGCAUUGGUGAUUUAGAGGGCCAAGUGCGCGAUCUUAUGUUCUACCUGGAUACGCAGAACAAGGUCGAGCAGAGUGCGCACCGCGAGGAUAUUAUUGGUGGAACGAUUGAGAUCGAAUCGAAGCCAGCAGCGAAGGACAACACCUCGACAACAUCGUCAGCUAGACGAAAGAACAAGAAGAAAAGAUAG